AUGGGCUGCAGCGCUUCCAAGGUCGAUGACCACCACCUAGUGGUGCUCUGCAGGGAGAGGAAAGAUCUGAUAAGAAACGCCGCCGAUUUGCGCUUUGCCCUCUCCUCUUCCCACGCUUCGUACUUCCACGCCCUCGACAGCACCGGCAGCGCCCUCUACCGUUUCCUGCAGGAGGAAUUCACUGCGCUUUCGACUCCUUCGUCCUCGUCCGUUGCACCGUCCUCCCCUGUUCUCACGAUCCCUUCUUCAGAGGGUAAGCCCCAGAAAUCCAAGACUGCUUCCGCCACCAUCUCCAGUGGAACCGUGGGUGGAGGCGGCACAUCGUCCUCGGCGUCUUCUCUCACUCAUUCCUUCUCCCUGGAAGAUUCCAACCUGCAUAUUGCCUCGGACUCGGAUACAGAGGAGAUACCCGGAGAAGGGUUCGGCAAAGAGCCCUCCCCACAGUCUUCUCCGGUGAACCGGAGUCCUUACUACUACUCCAUGUGGCAGUCCUCGACGAUCCCCACCACGGUAUAUGAGACGCCGUACAGGGGGUAUGGGCAGGCGACAGACUAUGGAGUGCAAGAGGGUUACGCCGAUGAUCCUUCAUCUUACUAUUUUCCUGGAAAUCCAAUGCCUCCUAGUGCUCCCCCACAGCCCCCUCCGACACCACCUCCUCCCCAGCCGUCCCCCUGGGACUUUCUUAACCCUUUCGAAUUCUCCGAGCAAAUUUAUUCCAGUAGACGAUACGGAUCUGCUCCAAGCAGUCCUAAUUCCAGCGAUGUGAGAGAAAGAGAAGGUAUACCUGAUUUGGAAGAAGAGACAGAAUCAGAGUCUAUGCGAGAACUUACAAGGGAGAAAAGAAUGCGUGCUAGGAAUUCAAGGAAGAAGGUCCCCAGAUCAGGCGGUUCUAAAUCUGUGCGAAUGCGUGAAAAAAAUGUGGCAGGGUUGGAGGAGAAAGGAAGUAUUUCCAGCUCUGAUGGCAGUUUUGUAAGAAGCAUUAUCGAUAAUGGUUCUUUUAGAGGAUCUGUGGAUAGUAGUGUUUCAAAAAGUUCGGAAAGGGUAAGUCGAACUGUAACGGAAGAGGAUGAAAGGAAGAAAGAAGUGAGCUUUGGGUUAGAAACCUCGCUGCCCACAGCAAAGAGUGGGCCAAAUCUUGAGACGGGAUUAUCUGCUCAGGAUAGAAGGAGUGUCGCUGAAGUAGCCAAGGAGAUCAAGGAACAGUUCAGAUUAGCAGCAAUUUCUGGAAAUGAGGUUUCAGCCAUGCUCGAGGUUGGCCUGCCUUAUUAUCGGACAGGGAAUGGUGUACAUAGAGGUUUGUUUCAAUAGUUUCUCAUAUGAUCCGUUUGUUCGCCACAGAUAAAAGAUGCGUGAUAGUGUGUCUAAUUUACUCUCUGUUAUAGUCAUGUGCCUUGGUACGUUUAUCAUGUGGCAGAUGUUAAGAGAAGCAUUUCCUCUUCUAAGGUGAUAAGACUGAUUGCUGAUUUAGGUUUGAGCACUCAGAUGUUUACCCUAGUAAUUUCAUAUUCAAGAGUUUGACAUAUAUCUUUCUCUCUCUUUGCUCAGGAAGCAUGUACUUGUCUAUUGUUUAGAUUUUAAUCCACAACUUCUAAAGAAACAAUUAUCAUGAGCAUUCUGAAGACAGAUGUGCCCCGAGUCUAUGAGUUUUGUUGGGAAAACAUCGGGAUUUUUUCUUUAUGUUAUUCGAUCAGUUUCUCUACUGGCUGUUUAAAUCAUUCCCGAAGCUGGCCAAAUGAAAAGAAGAAAUAAUAAAGCAGAUUAAAAAUUGAACAGAAGGGCGUACAAAGUAACAACCAUGCCAUCGUAAAAACUUCGUGUUUAUUGGAUAGUGCGUGUAUAAUUGAAUCCUUAUGCUUGAGUCACUCAUAAUGUUUUGCUUUGUAGUCAUUUCAAACUGUAGCAUUCUUUAUUGAUUCAUGUAUUUAAGUCUUUUAAAAGAAUUAUUUAAUGUGGUCAAUUUUCCUUGUAGCGGUUUGAAAUAUUAAUUGAGAGAAUUUUAGAGAAAAUUAUGCCUUGAGACUUUUAUUGAAAAGCCUGAUAAUCUAUUGUAGUGGCUUCGAGCCAUUUUAGGUGUAACACGUGUGAGACUUUAGAAUUUCUUGUUGCAGUGAUUUCUUCCAGGAUUUCGGAUGCUUUAUGUAUGUUGACGUAUUCAUGCGCUUCAUUCAAGCAAGCACACAAUUCUACUUCACAUUCUCUUAGAUUUGCUAAGGCUUGGUAUGGGGAUUCCGGAAAUGGGAUGGAUACGGGAAGUGGCAAUCUUUCCUCGACAUUGGAGAAAUUAUCAGUUUGGGAGAAUAAACUCUAUAAGGAAGUCAAGGUAUGAUUCUCUCUGCAAUAAAUUUUAUGCUAUACAUUGGUUUUUUUGUUCCCUCAACUGAUUACUGUUUUCCAUGAACUAAAUAACUCAUACAAGGGUUUAGGAUUGUUAAUGAAAUCUACACUUAAAAAUCGUACUGGUUGCUCCAUUGAAUUUUAUUGUAAAAAAUUGGUUGGUUUUAUUAUAGAGGCAGGAAACGUCAUGAGCGUGCUUAUCACACCUCAGAAUCACGUUAUGAGCGUUUCCAGAAUCACUUUUGGACUCGCUUCGUCUCGUAUUCAAUUGAGCUAGUGUAGCUUCGUGGAUUUGAAUGCCUUCAUAAGGUUAUCAGAAGUUUUAUUGUUGAAGAAUGCAUAUUAUCAAUCAUUGCUUUGGAAAAAUAGAAAGAAGACUUAAAACGGACCGCUGAAAGUGGUGGUUGCUUAAAUUGCGUUGCCUUAAAUGAGAAAGUCUAUAACCUGUUUGCUUUUGAUUUUGGUUUGUAUUCUUGGUAUUUAACCAGACAGUGUUUCGUUUGGAUUCUGAUAUAUUUAUUCUUUGAAUUUAUUUUUUUUGAAGAUUUAGUUGAUUGUGAGUAAAGAUCAUUUAGAAUUAUUUGGAGCAACAUGAAGAUGACCCAAGAUCUAUGACUAUUCCGAGAUGCAUCGGGUUUCUUGUUCCACCUGCAUUAUUACACGGGCAAGAUGUAAAUUCUGUUGUUUUGAAAGAAUUACAUCCCGGAAAUUUGAAAUACAAUAUGAAUGAUGUCUGUUGAAAAUAGCAGUUGACAGGAAUACGUGAGUCAUUGCAUAAAAACAAAAAUUUUCUUGACAAAAAACAAAAUUUCACUCAUUAGAGAAAAAGAUUCAUUACAUAAAAAUAUAUGCUAAAUCAAAUAACGCAUUAUAACGUAAUGACCUUUUGAGAUAUUUCUUUUUAUUAGUGGUUUCCUAUUUUUCUGUCACUCCAUUAUUUUCAUCUGACCAUUUUCCAUUCAUUAAAUAUGGGGACCCUAUAGUUCAGAAGUAUAUUUGUCAAUUUUAUCUGUGCCACGUGGUGACGUCAUUCUUUAACUUAAUGCAUAAACUUCAGGUGACUUGCGUCUUUGCUUCGUUCUUACCUGUCUGAAAGAUCUCUGAAAGAUAAAGAAUAAAAAUACAACGGUUCCCUUGCAUGACAUCUCUUUUUCAGAACUUUACUGUAAUGUUUGUGCUUUUGCCAUUCCUUUCAUGUUGUCUUUAUUCUUACCGUGCCAAUCAUGCUACACGGUAUGAGAUUUAUAUCGCCUCUCCAGAAUAUAUCACGAAUAUUGACACUUAAAUUUUUGGUGGAAUUAUAUCCCGAUGCUACUAUAAUCAUAGACAUGAUUUUGCAUACUUGGACCCUUUACGUAGAGUAUUUUUCUGUAUUGCUACUUAUAUUUAAGAGGUCAUCUCCUAAUACCGGUAAACUCGUGGAAGUGCUGAUGAUUGUUUAUCCAUCCAAUCUGAGAAUGCAGUUUUGUGUCCUAUCAUUAUCUUGUUCUGUUUUGGAAGGGUUAACUCUUUGUUAAAUAACGUAGAUUGACUGAAACUUUUCUGAAACUGUUGUUUUUCUACGGAUUCUAUACCCUUCACGUAUAUUUUUCCUUAUGCCAAAAAAAUUAAUUUCGAGUGAAUUCUAUCCAUGUACGUCAGAAGAUUUACAGAUUUAUCAUUGAGCAUGUCAACAGUGAUGAGUAAUUGGCUCUGUGUCAGUUCUGAACUUCGUUUAUGUUGCUCUUCUUUUUGUAGGACGAAGAAAAGCUUCGGAUCGUUUAUGAAAAGCAGUAUAAAAGAUUGAAAGCUUUGGAUGACAGAGGCGCUGAAUCUCAAAAGAUUGAUGCUGUUCAAGCAUCUAUAACGAAGCUUCUCACAAAAAUUGACAUUGCUAUCAAAUCAAUAGAUGCAAUUUCUAGGAGGAUACACAAGAUAAGGGAUGAAGAGCUCCAACCGCAGAUAAUUGAAUUAAUCCAAAGGUAUGAGAUCUAAUCUGUCAUUUAGUAUUGAAAUACAUGAAAUGCCUUGUCAUCGGUCCCUUCAAUGUGAUCAAAAUAGUCAAUGCUUUCAUAUGCAACCCUAAUCACUGUUACUAAUAUCUAGCUACAAUAGGUCAUAUGACUUCCCAUUUUGUUACUGGGUCAAAAAAAGGAAAAAUCGUAAUAAGGUUGAUGUGUGAUGGUGUAGGUUCAGUGUUUGAUGAGGUUGAUGAUGUGCGAUUUCUGGAAUACAUUGAUUUAUACGAUUUGGUGAUAAUCGUUCAUGUUGAAAAUUAUAUGGUAGCUUAUAUGUUCAUCUUUCCUAAGUAUAUGGGAUGCUGCAAUUUUUUUGUUUUUUUACCAUUGUCAAAAUCUUAAGUCCUCAUUAGGAUACAAAGCAGCAAAAACAUGGGAAAUAACUAUUAUUACUCAGUGUGGGAGCUUUUCAGUUCCCCGAUACAAUCUAACGUAGCCCUUUCUGAUGCGAAUCCAUUUAUGCAUGAUAUCAGCUAUGUUCACUCCAUCAUAGUGGCCUUUUAUGUCAAAUACGUAAGACAUCCGAGUAAAGUGCAUUAGGGUAUGAAGUUUCUUAUCACGUUUAAGGAAGUUAUGACUUGGUUGUGCUUAGAUCAACGGUUGCCGUGUACAUCCAUAGUCUAGUGGGAGGUCUAGCGAGAAAAACCAUCCUCUGAAAAGUCUUUUCUUUGACCGUGGUUUAUACAGAAAAAACCAUCCUCGGUGCAACUUUUGACCGACGAUUAGAAGAACACAAUGUGGUUUCUGUUCUUGGUUUAAAACAGGAGAAAUGUUCCGACAAAUCGGUCGUUAUUGGGUGCAGUACAACUGCGCAUCUUUUUCAGUCACCAGCAGCUGAUCCGAUCCAGUAUUGGGUUGAAAUGCGUCGAAUUGUCUCCUCAGCAAUGAUAUAAAAUACCUUGUGCAGGUCGAUCAUAAUGUGGAAGUGCAUGCUGGAUUGCCAUCAGAAGCAGUUCAUGGCGAUAAUCCGGUGCAAGAGUGGGAGGCUCAAGACUAAAGCAAGCGUCCAAAGAGGCGAUGCGGCGAAGAUCACCAGAGACUUGGAACUGGAGCUCGUGAACUGGAUGUGCUGCUUCAGCGACUGGGUCAACAUCCAGAAGCAUUGCUUCUUCAUCCUGAACGAGUGGCUGCGGCGUUGCAUCUGCGUUGAGCCGGAAGAGACCCCCGACGGCGUGCCGCCCUACUCCCCCGGCAGGUUCGGAGCUCCCCCCGCCUUCGUCACCGGCAACGACCUGUGCGAGGCGAUGAAGAAGAUCUCAGAGGAGGAGGUGACGGUGGCUAUGGAGGAUUGCGCCUGCAAGGUGCGGGCCCUGUGGGAGACGCAAGGGGAGGCGCAGCGGCAGAAGCAGAAGGCUGAGCACCUGUCCAAUGACCUCGCCAAGAGGCUCAGAACUCUCCAAAAGGAAUGCGGGGUGGACGAGCCGGCCGUGUCCUUCGCCGCCAACAUGGGCGGUGGCGGCGUCGCCGCCGCCGUGGAGCUGAUGAGAAAGAUACUUGAAGAUGAGAAGUUCAGGCACCAGGAAGCCCUCAAACGGGUCAACCACGUGGCACGCUCAAGCCUGCGUGAAGGGCUCAUCCCCGUCUUCCACGAGCUGGGCAACUUCUCAGUCGAGAUCCUGAAAGCCUACGAGAAGGUGAGAAUCCCCCGAGGAGCAGGAGGCUGA